CUGACAGCUAACAGCUUAUUUAUUAUAGAAAACUUGAUCACAUGUGAGCAUUUCUUAAGAAAAUCAUCUAUUUUCUGAAUAAAAUGUGACUUGUCAAAGCCACAGUGAGGCAGUGGGUGUUGCUCAUGGUCAAUUACAGGAAAUUAGUAAUGCGCACGGAGUUAUCCAUCUGAAGAAAUAGGGCAGCUGGGCCAACACUUCCAGGACGCUUUGACCCUCUAUCCCACAGUCUGCUCUGAGCUCAACAACGACACUAUUGUACAAGCAGAGGCUGCUCCCCACCUCUCCACAAUUAACGGACCUCCUGCUGCACAGAAAUAACUUAAGUCUGUGGAGGCCUGCUGUGGUUCUUUAAGAAACAAGUCCAAGUUUUGUGGUGGAAUAUUAACUUGAAGUCGGCUUGAAGAGCAUAAAUGAUCGAGAAUUUGCAUUCGUCCUCAGGACAGAGCGGAGUGGGACGGACUUGGAUGUUAGUCAGGAGCCCCCGAUGCAGCACAGAGCCAAAAUCUCAACAACAAAAAUAGCAACAUGACUAAGACACUAUGCAGGACCAAUUACCCAGUCAGCAUCUGCUUCAUAGUGGUGAAUGAGUUCUGCGAACGCUUCUCCUACUAUGGCAUGAGAGCGGUGUUGACGCUGUACUUCCUCGCCUAUCUGCACUGGGACAAGGACCUUUCCACCGCUGUCUUCCACGCCUUCAGCAGCCUCUGCUACUUCACACCCAUACUGGGAGCUAUCAUCGCUGACUCUUGGCUUGGAAAAUUCAAGACCAUUGUCCACCUGUCCAUUCUCUAUGUCGUCGGCCAUGUGGUCAAGUCGGUUGGAGCCAUUCCCAUGGUGGGAGACAAGAAUAUGCACAUCGCUCUGUCUAUGAUAGGUUUGACACUCAUAGCUAUCGGCACUGGAGGAAUCAAACCCUGCGUGGCGGCAUUUGGAGGAGACCAGUUUGAUGAAGAGCAUGUCAAUGAGAGGCAGAAAUUCUUCUCCAUUUUCUACAUGUCAAUCAACGCUGGGAGCUUCUUGUCUACUGUGAUUACACCCAUACUGAGAAGUGAUGUGCAGUGUUUUGGUAGUGACUGCUACGCUCUGGCCUUCGGGGUUCCUGCAGCUCUGAUGGUCGUGUCUUUAUUUGUAUUCAUUGUUGGCAGUGGGCUAUAUAAAAUGAGUCCUCCUCAGGGAAACAUCUUAUUGGAGGUCUGCAAUUGUAUUGGGUUUGCCAUCAAAAAUCGCUUGAGGAGAUCGAAGCAAGACCCUAAGAGGGAGCACUGGUUGGACUGGGCUGAAGAGAAGUACUCGAAGCGUCUGAUUCAGGAGAUUAAAAUGGUUCUGCGGGUUUUGGUGCUCUACAUCCCCCUGCCAAUGUUCUGGGCUCUGUUCGAUCAGCAGGGUUCCCGCUGGACACUCCAAGCCACCGGGAUGGACAUGGCUUUUGGAGACUCUUUCGUCAUUAAGCCUGACCAAAUGCAGAUGUUGAACGCGCUGCUGAUUCUUGUCUUUGUGCCCAUCUUUGACCUCAUCAUAUAUCCACUCGUUGCCCUCUGCAGAAUCAAUGUCACUCCUCUUAGGAAAAUGAACGUAGGGAUGAUUCUUGCAGCAGUGGCCUUCGCACUAGCUGCGCUGGUGGAUGUGAACGUCAUAAAAACAGUGGUGGAUCCUGCACCUGCAGGGAAGUGUCUCCUGCAGGUAUUCAACCUGGCAGAUGGUAACGUCAGUCUGCAAUUCCCCGACAACAACAACAACCUGUUCCCACAGCCGAUCCAACACCUUCAGGACCCUCCUGAAUAUGUGACACUUCCGCUGGAGGCGUCCAGCAAGGAACUGCAGAUUCAAGUCAGCCAGAACGGAAACAUCUCUGAGUGUAACCAGACGUUUGACCAAGAGGAGGCCUACAGUCUCAUCUUAUACCCCAACACUACUGGAAUUCAGUGCAAACUUGUGCACGACAACAUAAAGAAAAGUGAAGAUGGGAAUCCUCUUCUGAGGUUCCUCAACACACAGCUGGAGACAGUAAACCUAACUGUUGGAGAUGUGUCUUUCCACGUGCCCCCCGGUUACAGCAUGACGCUUAACAAGACUGUGCCAUGGGGAACUUUCUCAGAUGUCAGCUGCAGCACAAAGUCAAAGAAGUGCUCUGUUCUUGAUCUGGGCCUGCUGGACUUUGGAGCUUCCUACACUGUCAUACUCAUGGAGGAAUCGGGUAAAAUUGUGGCUUACAAGAUGGAGGAUGUGAAAGCCAACGAUGUACAUAUUGCCUGGCAGAUCCCUCAGUACAUCCUGAUAACUGCGGCAGAGGUCAUGUUCUCCAUUACAGGCCUGGAGUUCUCCUACUCACAGGCUCCAGCCAACAUGAAGUCAGUCCUGCAGGCUGGCUGGCUGUUCACUGUUGCAAUUGGGAACCUGAUAGUGCUGGUUGUGGCGGAGGGGGCUGGACUGGAACAGUGGAAAGAGUUCGCCCUGUUUGCUGUCCUGCUGUUUGGUGUCUGCAUCAUCUUCGGCAUCAUGUCUUGUCUCUACACCUACGUUGACCCCGAGCUGCUGGACAAGAUUAACCUGGAGGAUUUAGGGAAGGAGGAAGAUGACGAUGACAACAUGAAGGAAAAAACUAAUGACAUGCAUUUGAAGAAAACGGGGAAGAGCACCAGAUUGUAACUGUGCCACAUUACAUAUGCCAUCUUUGAUGCUGUAGCUCAUUUGAUUCUGCUAACAAAUGUGAAGUAUUGGACGUAUUAGACAAGGAGACUUCAGGAGAAGGUACCCUGUUUUAAUUCAGAUUCUUUUUUCUUUUCAUGUUUUGGUUUUGAGGUACAUUUUUUUGUGAAAAGGAACCAUAUCUUGUGGUUUGAAGUUUAGUAUUGGUUUGUCAUGGCAUUAAUAUCUUUUAUGAAACCUUUGUGAACACUCCAGUAGAUUCUACAUUUACAACCAGCAAGGUAAGUAUUUUCUGAGAGUGAAUAGAUAUGCAUGAAGUAGUGAGGCUAAAUACUAUGUGAUUUCUCACACCUUGAUCAAUAAAUGGAGUUAUUACAGAUACAUAUCAAUUAUUAUAUGCUCUAUAUAUUUGUUGCAUAUUAACUCCAUCUCAAAAUAUUUUCUGUGAUGCUAAAUAAUGCGCUAACCUAUAUUGAUUUUGACAGAACACUUUGGAGAAAGGGUUCAGUUUACAUUGUGUCUAUGACAAUAAUACUAAGGGACCAUAGUUACUGGUGGUUUUGUAACAGGCUAUUACUAAAAAUUCACAGAUAACAUUACUGCUGCUGUAACUGUUUUCCAAAGCAUACCACAUUUUUUGAUUGUUGUCCUGCCAUUAAGGAAGCUGAUGUUUAAUGCAUCAGGAUAACCAUUUAUUUGCCUUUACCUUUUGUAAGUUACCUUAUCAUUUCUUGGUAGCACAGUUGCAAGCAGGGAUUGUUGUGAAAAAUGCUUUUUGAGUUGACAUCUGAGAUAUAGGUGCCAGUAACAUUUGAUUUUCUGAAAUCAAAGCUUGUCAUUGCAAAAUGUGACAGCAUACUUGAACACAUUACAUAAGGAAAACAGUGCCUGCUUGCAGCUGUAUUACUAUACAGUACAAUGAUAAGUGUACAACAAGGGAUUCUCUAUCAAGUAAUUUUCAAGUCUCCUGGAGCAGCCUGGAUGGUGGGAAUUAAAUAAAUCUAAAUGGAAAAUGGUCAGCAGUAUUGUUAAAUACUAUAUAUGAUAUGUAGUUAAUGUGCUAAAAUAUGAAAAACCAGUAAAACUGUAUGGUCCUUUAAAGUCAUAAAAUACUUGUUGGAGACUUUAUUCAGGGAAAUGUGUAAAUUGUGCUGCUCCCUAUAAAGUUCUGUAAAUACUGUUGUGAUGCUGAAACUUGUUUUUGUGUGUUUGAAAUUUUUAAAAGAACAUUUAAAAUGUG